GGGGCGGCGCGGCGCGGGGGGCGGCGCGGCGCUGCCUUGCGCUGCGUUGCUUCGCUUUGCUCCGCUUUGCUUCGCUUUGCUCCGCUUUGCUCCGCUCCCGGGGCUGCCCCGCAUGCAGCCCGCGCCGCGGCCGCCGCCAUGGAGGAGGAGCAGACGUGCUGCGUGGUCAGCAUCUCUGGCUCCCCCGGUUCGCCCCAGCCGGGCGCUGGCCCCUGCAGCUGCAGCGGGGUGGUGCUGAGCCGCGGCCCCGGGCUGGUGCUGUGCCACGGCGCCCGCUUUGCGGCCUUCCUGCGGGAUGGCCCUGCCGCCUGGGCGCAGCCCCGUGCCCUGCUGCCCGAUGCCUUGCAGCCCUCCCUGCGCCUCCAUGUCCUGCACCCCUCAGCGGGGACCCGCGUCCCAGCCCUCAGCCGUGACGCUCCAGCAGCAUCGCGCAGCCCAGCCGGUGCCUUGCAGCAGCACGAAACCCAGCUCCUGGCCCUGGUGCCCUGCAGAACCUUCCAGAAGGCGCUGGCGCAGGCGUUCGGGCAGGCGGAGCAAUGGCGCUUUGGCGGGGAGGCAGCGGGGGCCGACCCGCGGGCCCUGCACUGGUUCGCCUGGCUGCGGGUGCCCGGCCUGGACACCCCUGCGGGCGGCUGGACGGCGCGGGCGAGCGCCGGGUGCCUGCGCAAGGGCCAGGCGCUGCGGGCCUGCGGCUCCCCCUUCGGCGCCCUCUGCCCCGACCUCUUCCUCAACACCCUGAGCAAAGGGGUGGUCAGCAACAUGGCUGGCGAGGAGAACGCCCUGCUCCUCACCGACGCGCGCUGCCUGCCCGGCACCGAGGGCGGCGGUGCCUUCUUGCCGUCUGCCACCGGCUCCCGCUUGGUGGCCGUCAUUGCCGCCUCCUUCUGCUGGAAAGGCGCCGAGUGGGUCGGGCUCACCCUGCUCUGCUCCCUCGCUGCCAUCCUGCGCAGCAGCGCCGGCGUCCUGGACGCCGCCGGGGUGGCGGUGCCACCAGUGCCGGGGCGGGUGGCCGCGGUGCAGGCAGCAGGAGAGCAGGACCCCCUGGGCUGGGUGGCGCUGGUGGAGUGUGGGGGGACGUGGGGGUCGGGGGUGCUGCUGUCUCCCCGCCUGCUCCUCACCUGCCGGCAUGUGGUGGAGGCCGGUGACCCGCUCUGCGUGACACCAGCGCCUGGUCCCAGCCGGGCCGCCACUGUCCUCAGCGGGCGCCUGGUGUUUGCCACCGAGGAGUCUUCUCCCUUCGACGUGGCCGUGGUGGAGCUGCAGGACAGCGUGCAGGGCUUUGUCCCCCCGCGCCCAGCACACACCUUCCUCCCAGGCGAGGAGGUGAGCGUGAUGGGCUUCGGGGCGCUGGGGCGGGCCUGCGGCCCCUCGGUGACAGCGGGGGUCCUCUCGGCUGUGGUGACGGUGGCCGGGCGCCCUGUCAUGCUGCAGACCACCUGCGCCGUCCAUGGGGGCUCCAGCGGCAGCCCCCUCGUCUCCUCCCGCAGCGGACGCCUCCUGGGGAUCGUGGCCAGCAACACCCGGGACACCAGCGCGGGGACCACCUACCCGCACCUCAACUUCUGCAUCCCCAUCACCAUCCUGCAGCCCCUCGUCGCGCGCUACCGAUGCACCAGGGACCCCAACGCCUUCGCCGAGCUCAACCGGGCGGGUGAGGGCGUGCGGGCGGCUUGGUGGCUCCAGCGGCAGCCGGGACCCCCCAGCAAGCUCUGACGCCCCCAUCUCGGGGGUUUGUGCCGGGGCAGAGCUGCCACGGCCCCUCUUUGGCCCCAGUGGUGUCGCGGCCGAGUGCCUGGCCCCCGUGGGGCUGGCGGAGCGUGGGUGUCCUGGGGUGGGGGACACGCCGUGGUGCUUUUGCCGGCUGCUGCCGACACCAAAUUGGGGGAGAGCUGGGGGCUUGUUUUAUGUCUUCUUUUCCCUGGAGCCAUAAACACUGUGAGCUGA